AGUUACCGGUAUCGUAGACCAUUAUAUAAAGAAACGACUUUCUACAAUUAUUGUCUCUUUUACGGCAGUAGGCCAAGAGAGGUUGGUUUAUUUGCUAAACCAUUGCAGUCUCGAGAGCGAAUUUGCACGUGCUUGCUCGUGCAAAAUCAGCGGCACGAACAAGCGCGAUUCCCCAAAUUCUGCAUUUCGAAUCGGCAUUUCCCGCAUUCGCAUAUCUCUUCAAGCAUGCUCGAGAAUUCAAUUGAGUAAACACUCAUUACAACUAGGGUAUUACCAUCUCCUUCGGAGGAAUUUCAUCGAGUGUUAAGAUGACGGUAUCCGGGGAACUUAAUGACGGAAAUCGAUGAGCUCGAUCCCCUGUAUAAAAUCUAGUCGAUCGUUUCUUCCCAACGCACAAGUGAAUUUUGCAUAUCUUUAUUAAUAAACGAAGGUAACAUGGCAUAUUCAUCGAGUUAUCUUCUCGCGAUUCUACUUCUCGCUUACGGGAUUCUCGCGGAAAAGGAAUCGAACAUCCUCAAGCUGAGUAAACCGCAAAAGUUCGUUUCGAUCGAGACAAAGACAUCAAACUUUAAUACAACGGAGCACGAGGAAGAGAAGAAUGAAUCUAGGAAGCCCUUAAUUGGCUUCAGCAAGAAUAAUCCGGAGCUAGAUUGGAAGAACUACUUGAAAAUGUUCGAGGGAAAUGAGGAGAAGCAUCGGGACCUCAACAUCGAUUUCAUGAAAGAAAAAUUCGAAAAAACAGCGAACAGUAUACAAUGGCUCGCUGAUCUUUACGAUCCUCUUAGAUGGGCCAGAGUACCUGGGAAACUUCAGGAUGAAUGUCGAAGGGAUAUGGAAAGAUUUCUCGAGGCGCUGACAGACGGAAAACUCUGGGCCGCGAAGAUGUCGGACGCGAGCGGCCGCUACUCUUCGCAGUUCUACUUUGGCAACAACUUUUGGCUGGGCUCGAGCACUCUUUGCAAAGAGCUCAAUGUCACGAACAGAAAAAACGUAACGGACAACGAUGAGCAGCCACCAUUUCCUCUCAAAUUCCACGUUGCGAGGUUUUAUUUAAAUCUCCCGAACGGAGUCGAUUAUUCGACACGUCAGGUGUUUUUGGGUCUCUGUCUACCGGGUACAUGCGAUCGCGUAUCCCUGACCUCGAUGCUAAGGGCCAGCGCUGAUAGAGUCGAAAGCGAGGGCAAUUCGACUCAUCGAUCGAGCGGCCCGAAGAUUCACAUUGUUACGGUGAAGCCCGUGCCAUCGAACAAUUACUGCGCCUGGCGAGAUCCCAAAUUUUACGUGCUCUCAGCCAUUAGCGGCGCGAUACUGAUCUUGAUGAUCUGUGCGACCGUGUAUGAAUACAGAUCAUUUUCUCCGAUCAAAGAUAUCGAGUCCUCGAGCAUGUCGAAUAACAACGACAAGACCAAUGAUUUCGUGGAUAAGAAUCUGAAUCAAGACCGUACGAUCUCGAUGGGACAGGAAAACGGUCAGGAGUUGAUCGAAAAGGGAAUGAAACAUCCGCAAAAAGAAAAUUCUAUUCAAGGGAAAAAUGACGGCGAAGGAUUCUGGCUGAAAUGUCUGCUUGCAUUCAGCCCCAUUGUCAACGGAAGUAAGAUCAUUAGCACCGACCCUGCGGCUAAGGAUAGUCUAACUUGUCUUCACGGUCUUCGGGUAUUCUCGUUGGGAUGGGUCGUCAUGGUACACACGUAUCUCCAGGUCUUUUCCAUCGCGGAGAACAAGACAUUGCGAACGGUCACGGAGAGAAAUUUCAUGUUCCAGACCAUCAGCAACGCGACAUUUUCCGUAGACACUUUCUUUUUUAUCAGUGGUUUAUUGGUAACCAUACUCUUCUAUCGAUCCCUGGGAAAUCUGAAUACGGAAAAGGGCAACUUCUUGAAGACAAGUUCCAUCAAAUUCAUUAUCAUGAUUCUGUAUCGAUUCGUCAGAUUGACACCAGCUUAUCUCUUUGUGCUGGGAAUGAACGAGAUCGCCAUGAAGCACGCUAUGGCGAAGACAGUCUUUUCACCACUUAUUAUCGAUCAUUUCACUUGUGGAAAAUUCUGGUGGCGAAAUGCGCUGUAUUUGAACUCGCUAUAUCCGCGUACGGAAAUGUGUAUGCUGUGGAGCUGGUAUAUGGCCAACGACACGCAAUUCUACGUCCUUGGAAUACUCCUUCUUUUGAUCUCCGUAAAAUAUUUCAAGACCGCGGUCGCUAUCGUUUUGCUUUUGAUCAUCUCUUCAUGUUUCACUACGUUCUCCGUAGCCUACAGCAACGAUUACAUAGCCAGGAUUCAGGAGCCAUUUGCCCUAUUCGAUGAACUCUACGACAAACCCUGGUUGAGAGCGGGCCCGUAUUUCAUUGGCACGAUCACUGGAUAUAUUCUCUUUAAAACGAAAUGCCAAUUAAAGUUACCUACGGGAGCAGAGUUAAUCGGCUGGAUACUAUCUGUAAUGAUCAUGUUCUCGGCGGUGUACGGAUUGUAUCCCGGAAAUUUGACGGUGCUGGUGAGCUCCGUAUAUGCAGCCUUGACUCACACCGCCUGGGCAAUGGCUGUAGCUUUUAUCGUGAUCCAAUGUUGCACAGGAUCAGCACGAAUGAUCGACAGUUUGCUUUCGCUAAGACUAACGUACCCACUCUCGAGGCUCACAUACUGUGCCUAUCUUGUGCAUCCCGUUAUUAUGAUGAUCACGAGUACGCAAAUGGAUGGGCCGUUACAUCUCCAUAAUGGGAUCGUCGUAAGCCUCAUCGUCUAUUUUGGUAAUUUGGUAGCCUCGUAUCUGCUGUCGUUCUGCAUUUCUCUUGCUUUCGAGGCACCAGUGGUAAAUUUAUUAAAAUUAGCAUUCACCUCGAAAAAGAGAAUGAGAUAGAAUACGAUCGAUAAAAGAAUAAAUGCAAUUAUUUAACGCAAUUAUUUACGUAACGACGUUGUUUCGAAUUUGAAGCUAAAUUGGAAGAUGUAAAUUAUUGACUACUUUUUUAGAAUGUAUUCAUGACUGUAAAUCGCAGAUAUUCAAUAGUUUUUAAUAAUGGUGUUGUAUAAAAAGUCGGAUAAUUCAUUUCGUGAAACAAAUAUCAACUCUCCUUAAAGUUUUUCUCCCAACAGAAAUUGCUCAUAAAUCAAUCUAUUAUUAUUAAUGAGUGAAAAAUGAGUGAGAAAUAAAAUAUCACAAACAGCCUUUUCAAAUAUGGCAAUCAAUCAUCACAGAAAUAAAACAAUAGAGUCAAUGUGAAAAGAUUCAUUAGAAAUUAAAAACUGAGAGAAGAUUUGAGUGAAGAGUCUCUCAGUUUUGCAGAAAAUUCUCGAGGAUAAUUUUGAUUGCGGUUCUCUCUCCUUGCAGAAGCAACUUAAUAAAGUGAAAUGGCUGAAUACGCGAACUCUCUCCGAAUCUUGAUAUAUGAUUACGACUAUGAGUUAAACAGCACGAUGCUGUGUGUUAAUGCUCCUGCUGUUUAUUUACAUAAUACAUAGGAAGGCAUUCUCCGUGUCCAACAAAGUACUGGUUAUGGAAUAUGAAGUCACGUAAGCGUAGUAAGAAUUUUUUUUCUCAUAGUGCAUAUUUACACGAAUGUCUCGUGCCGUGUGCAAAUGAAGAAAAAUUUAACCGUAAACAGAUAUGAGAUAAUGUAUAAAUAAAGAACAUUCAACAAGUGUACAGCAUGUUAGAGAUAUAUUGUAAUGCGUAUCAAUCUUUUGUAAUUUUUUGUGUGAAUAAAGAAUAAAAAAAGCUGACUAUGGCAAUAUUAAAAUUGCGCAACAUUUUUAUCGUAUAAUUGUCAAUGUAUAGUCAAAUGAUGUAUAAUAUAUAUAAUAAUAAAUUAAAUCGUGAAAACAGCGUGGAGAGAAAUAUG